AGUUGUAGUCCCGCUCCUGUCGGAACUUCACCGUCGGAGGUCCGAGCCCUCCGGAGGCGCUAAGCUCUCGGGAUGGAUCCCGCACCCGAGCUCGCGCCCGCGCCCGCGCCCGACGCGGCGCCGCUGGCUGGCCUGGUCUGGUCGUCGGCCUCGGCACCCCCACCGCGGGGAUUCAGCGCGAUCGCCUGCACCGUGGAGGGCGCGCCCGCCAGCUUUGGCAAGGGUUUCGCGCAGAAAUCCGGAUACUUCCUGUGCCUCUGCGCCCUGGGCAACCUGGAGAACCCGCAGGAGAACGUGCUGGUGGACAUCCAGAUAGUGGCUGACAAGAGCGCGCUCCCGCCCGGCUUCACCCCAGUCUGCGACCCUUUGGACGCCAAGGCCUCUGUGUCCAAGAAGAAACGAAUGUGUGUGAAGUUGAUGCCCCUGGGGGCCGCAGACGUGGCUGUGUUUGAUGUUCGUCUGAGUGGGAAGACUAAGACUGUACCCGGAUACCUACGAGUUGGGGACAUGGGUGGCUUUGCCAUCUGGUGCAAGAAGGCCAAAGCCCCAAGGCCAGUGCCCAAGCCUCGAGCACUCAGCCGUGACAUGCGGGGCCUCUCCCUGGAUCACUCCAACCAGCCCAGCAAAAGCAGCUUGCCCGAGAGAACGCUGGCUAGGCUGGGCUCCCGGGCAUCCACGCUACGAAGGAGUGACUCCAUCUAUGAGGUGUCCAGCCUCUACGGGAUCUCAGCCAUGGAUGGGGUUCCUUUCACGCUGCACCCCCGAUUUGAGGGCAAGGGCUGUGGCCCCCUGGCAUUCUCCACCUUCGGGGACCUGACCAUCAAGUCACUGGCAGACAUUGAGAAGGAGUAUAACUAUGGCUUUGUGGUGGAGAAGACAGCUGCUGCCCGUCUGCCCCCCAGCGUCUCCUAGUGGCAGAAGCCAGGCCUGCAACAACCCACCGCCACGUGGCUUGCUGCCAUGACCAUCCUCCAGCCCUUAGCCCAUCCUGCUACCAGAGCUGAGGCUGGGGUGUGGGGAGGCUGGUCUCCCGACCUGGUGCUACAGGCCUGGGCGGGGGAGGGGCUAGGCCAGAACCUGUGCCUUCAGUGACGUGUCCAAACUGCCACCUGUAGCAUGCUGCAGCUCUGGUAAUAAACACUACCUGGC